AUGUCUAGCAAAUCAACCUCUCCUACAUCCAAGCAAACCAUCGUUUAUGAAUCUCAAGAGACCAACGCCUCUUUUACCAAGUUGAUCGAACCCAUAUCUACGGUUCCUCCAAGUAAACCUAAAAGGAGAACUUCCACCAAAUUUGCUUCGAAGAAGAAGAAGCCUUCUAAGUCAAAAAGGGGUGAAUCAAAGACCCCAAUGAGCAUGGCUGGAAUGUACGAAAAGGAAAACCCUUUCCUAUUUACCAUUGUCGAACCAAAUGUUGGCACUUCUGAGAAGGAUCCCGAAAAUGUUGAUGCUGAAGUAACAGUCAAGAUUGCUCCUGAUGUUGCUUCUUCUGAGGUUGAAAAAGGCAACCUUGAUGAAACCAUAACCUCUGAAGUUUAUGAAUCUGGUAGAAAACUAGGGUUAGAAGACUUGAACGCUGCCAUUGAUAGCACUGAAAAUAUGGAUAUUGAUAAUCCUCAAACUGGUGUUGAAAAUAUUGUUGAUGAAUCUGCUCAAACUUCUCCUGAGCAAGCUUUUGGCCAAAGGAUGUUGGGCUGGAUGUUAGAACAUCUUUGGACCAACAGGACAAGCAGAACUCCCAAAGGAAAGAGUGAUGCCUUUGUGACUGAAACCCCUAAAAGCCAAACCAAGACUGUUGGAGCUGGACCCAAGAAAGGAUGGAGUAAGGUGCAGGUAAAAUCCACUGUUGGAAGGUCAAGGAAGAGGAAGAUUAUCUCUUCUAGUGAGUCUGAGUACGAUGUUGAGGAGGAUGAUCAAGACAGUAUCCCUACGGCCUCAAAGAAAUCUGCAGGAAAGAAGAUGUCACAACAUGUGUCUAAUGUGCCCAUUGACAAGAUGUCUUUCCAUUAUCCUGAGAAUGCUCAAAGGUGGAAAUUCAUCUUUCAUAGGAGGCUGGCGUUGCAAAGAGAGCUAGGCAACGAAGCCUUAAAGAUGGAAGUUGUGAUUGAGAUGAUCAAGGAAGUUGGGCUUAUGAAGACUGUUUGCAAUAUUGCUGGUUGCUAUAAGAAGCUUGUUAAAGAAUUUAUGGUGAAUGUUUCUGAAGACUAUGACAACCCUUUAAGUCAAGAGUAUCAGAAUGUGUAUGUUUGCAAGGAAAUUACUGCAAACAAAGUGAAAGUUUGGCCCAAAAAGGGGAAGAUUUCUUCUGGAAAGCUCUCAGUGAAGUAUGUUAUUCUUAAUCGGAUUGUUGCAUCAAAUUGGGUGCCAACCACACAUUCUUCUGACAUUGCUACAAGUUUGGGAAGAUUUAUCUAUUUUGCAGGCACAAAAACUAGAAUUAAUGUUGGAAAUAUUAUGUUGGAACAACAUCCUAGUCUUAUAACUGCUGCUGAUGUUCCUAAGAAGAGGGAAUCUCCUCUUACUCUACAUUAUAAACUGUUUGGGUCAAGUCAUGUUCCAGACAUUGUUGGAACAUCUGGAAUUGUACCUGUUGCAGGGUUGAUGACAAAACAGAAAAUUGUGGCUGCUCUUAAAGACACAUGUAGAGAGAGAGAGAGAGAGGAUGUUGCAGCUGAGGGUAAGCAGGAAGGCAAUGAGGAUGAUAAUGCAGAUGAAGGUGGGAAUGAUGAUGAGGAGGGUGAGGAAGCCUCUGGUAGCAAUUUAAUCGCUGAAUGA